AUGGUGGAUGAUGCCGACCAUGACUCUUUACCUGCCUCUGUUCAACAAGCACUCACAAAAAUCUGUGAACAACGGUCAGUGUCUCCGCCGAGCGUCGGAGCGAAAAGACAGCUAGCUUCGAUUGGAGAGGAGGCCUCCCUUGAGAUCCUCCGCCAGAUUAAUAGCUCCAAGCAGCCGAUUCGAACUCUCAGUGGUUUUAUAGUUCACAUGGUGAAAAAUGCUCGUGGAGAAAACACAUCCUCCCCUGUUUCCCGCCCAAGUCCUUCCGGAAGCGGAACUCCUUUUUCUGCGUUUUCUCCUGGUAAAAGCAUAUACUCUCCUCCUUCCCGCCCAAGUCCUUCCGGAAGCGGCACGUCUGCUUAUACUCUUGGAGACACGAGAUGUCAGACAUCACGGGCUGUGUCGAGUCUGUGGGGACCAAGCACGUCAGCACGACUUCCCCGAUCCUAUUCAAUGGCGUUGGCCGAACUUGAGUUCAAGAAGGCCUUCUUAAUUUUAAGUUAUGCUGGAAAGGAGAAGCUGGAAACUGUGAUCCAAGCUGAGGACAUUCAUAAAUUGAAGAACUCCCCAAAUGCUAGAUUUGAGUCGGACGUUUGGCAAAGUAUUGGUCGACGUUGUAUCAAGGAGAAAGACAGGAGAAAGAAUUUUGAUUUAGACCAUGGAGGAGCAUUCUUGUAUCAUUGUCUGGUUGAUUCAAAAGGGAAUUACAGCUUUAAGGGCCCAUAUUAUGAUAAACGGAGAACUCAUCUUCAGAAGGUCUUAGGUGAUGAUAAUGUACUGCUGGUCAAGUUUUCUGAAGAGGAAGGAAACAGAAAUGUUUCAACUAUCAGUUCUUGCACGUCCAUUUACAAAAAAAUUGCAGAAGAAGGAAUUUUUGUUGGUCUGCGCCACUACCGUUUCUUUGUUUUCAAGGAUGGAGGCAAAGAGGAAAAGAAAAAGGAUCCGACAUCAUCUCGUGUGAAGUGCUAUUUUGUCUGUAUGGAGUCCAAUGACUUUGUAGACAGGAUGAAACCGUAUCAUUUAUAUUGUAAAUCUGUUCAUGAUGCACGCUGUGUGUUUAUGCAUGUACACACAGUCAACAGUCUAGUGGGUUAUAUGAAGAGGUUCUCCCUUAUCUUAUCAAAAACUAUCAAGCUAGACGUAGAUUUUGCAUCCUUGAAUAUUCAAACGAUUGGAGAUGAACCUUGCCGGGAUGAAUAUGGUGUUGCUGUUCAUGAUGAAGGUGGGAAAUUUCUUGUACAUACUGAUGGAACUGGUUUUAUAUCUGAAGACUUGGCUUUGAAAUGUCCGAGGAAUAUAUUUAAAGGGACUUUCCAGAAUCAUGGCAACACUAAGAUUAUUGUGGGGAGUUUGACUUAUAUGGAUUAA